AACUUCGAUUAACUUUAAUCAAUUAUUAACUAAAUUAGCAAUGUAGUCAAUAGAAAAAACUUUUAAUUGUAUGUCUUUCUUAGCUUAUAUUUUCGUGAUAUCAAUAACUAUUUAAAAAUUGUAUAUAUAGUAUGGAAAUAAUGGCUCCAAGAUAUGAAUUAGCUGUUGGCCUCAACAGAGGCCAUAAAACUACUACCAUCAGAGUGGCAAAAAGCAAAACAGAGAAAGAAAAAACUGUUAUUCUUCGACCAUCUAGAUUAAAGGGGAGGCAAACAAAGCAUAGCAAAUUUGUAAGAGACUUAAUACGUGAAGUAACCGGACAUGCUCCAUAUGAAAAGCGUGCAAUGGAAUUGUUGAAAGUAUCGAAAGAUAAACGUGCUUUAAAGUUUCUGAAAAGAAGAUUGGGUACACAUAUCCGAGCAAAAAGGAAGCGUGAAGAACUUGGAAAUAUUCUUGUACAAAUGAGAAAAGCACAUCAUUAAUUUUCUUAGAUUAAUGUAUCUCGUAUGAAUAUUAUUAAAAUAUAUUCAUUAAAAAGAAAUCCUUAA